UACCUCGCCUCCUCCCGAUCCGCUCAUGAAGCCGGCGCAGUUGUCGCUCGUCGUUGUCCUCAUCCCGUGCCUCCUGUAUAACGCAGGCGCCUCCGGCGUCCCCGAGGCCGAGCUCCACGCACCGCGGUUCCAUUCCAUCUUCAGCUUCGGCAGCUCAUACUCGGAUACGGGCAACUUCGUCGUCCUGUCCGCCGGCUUCCCCUUCAGCCCCUUCAACAACUCUCCCUACGGGGAGACCUUCUUCCGUCGCCCCACCGGCCGGCCUUCCGACGGCCGCCUCAUCAUCGACUUCAUCGCGGAGGCGCUGGAGCUCCCGUUGGUGCCGCCUUUCAUGUCCAAGGCAGGGAACUUCACCCAAGGAGCCAACUUCGCCAUCGUCGGCGGUACGGCCCUCGACGUCGGGUUCUUCCUGCGGCACAACUCUGGGAGCGUGCCGCCGUUCCGGAGCUCCCUGCGCGCGCAGAUAGCGUGGUUCCGGAAGGUCGUGAAGCAGUCGCUCAGCUGCAACACCACUGCAGAAUGCAGGGAGCGCCUCGCGAGGUCUCUGUUCGUGGUAGGCGAGCUGGGCCUGACCGACUACAGCUACAUCCUCUCCGGCGGGAAGAGCCUGCAGGAGGCCAAGUCCUUUGUGCCGUUUGUUGUGCAAGCCAUCAUCAGAGGCAUCGAGAGGUUGGUGGAGGAGGGAGCGAGGUACGUGGUGGUAUCAGGGACGCCGCCGAUGGGGUGCACGCCGAUGGCGCUGACGAAAUACGCCGCGGCGGCGAACGCGACGGAGUACGACCGCCGGACGGGAUGCCUGCGGCGGCUCAACGGCCUCUCGCAGUACCAUAACUGGAUGCUGCAGGAGAGCGUGAGGCGCACGCGUGUGAAGUACCCGGGGACGACGCUGGUGUAUGCCGACUACCACAAGCCCGUGGCGCGGCUCAUCCGGCGCCCGGGAAAGCUCGGGUUCACAGCGGAGUCCCUGAGAGCGUGCUGCGGCGGGGGCGGGCGGUACAACUACAACAUGGAUGGAUCGGCGUGCGGCUUGCCCGGCGCGACCGCCUGCAACGACCCAUCUACCCACCUCUUCUGGGACGGCAUCCACUACACCGAGGCCGCCAACAAGUACAUCGCCCACGGCUGGCUCACCGGACUCUACGCCCAUCCCGCCAUACUCAGCUUGCCGCAAUAGAUACACGAUACCGUAGCUUGUACUACUCCCUCCAUCUAGGUGAGUAAGUCAUCUUAGGUUGUGCACCAUGACCAAGAAGAAGGAAAAAACGAGAGAACUCAAUGUUCAUUUGCUAAUUCAUACCAUUGCAUGCAAUGAACUAACUAGUGCAUGUCGUGUCUGGUAGUCUCAAGUCAU